ACAACAACAACAACAACAACAAAAAUCAUGGCGAAUAGAACUGUAAAAGACGCUCAUUCAAUAAAAGGGACAAAUCCACAGUAUCUAAUCGAAAAGAUUAUACGUACGAGGAUAUAUGAAUGUAGAUACUGGAAGGAGGACUGCUUUGCACUUUCAGCGGAGCUCCUUGUUGACAAAGCAAUGGGUCUGAAAUAUGUUGGUGGUGUAUAUGGGGGUAAUGUAAAACCAGCGCCAUUUCUCUGUUUGCUUCUUAAGAUGUUGCAGAUCCAGCCAGAGAAAGAUAUCAUUGUAGAGUUUAUCAGAAAUGAAGACUUCAAAUAUGUAAGAGCACUGGGAUCUCUAUACAUGAGACUGACAGGUACUUCCAUAGACUGCUAUAAAUAUCUGGAACCUUUGUAUCUUGACUACAGAAAAUUGAAAAGACAGCAAAGAGAUGGCACUUUUGAACUGGUACAUAUGGAUGAAUACAUUGAUGAGUUGUUGAGGGAGGAACGUUCCUGUGACAUUAUUUUACCUAGAAUACAGAAACGUAAUGUGUUAGAGGAGGGUAAUCUACUGGACUCAAGAGUUAGUGCCCUUGAUGAGGACCUCGAGGACAUGGAGACCUCGGAUGAAGAAGAUAUAAUGGAUAUUUAUAAAGAGGCAGAGAAGAAACGCUCCAGCUACCGAGGGAAUGACAAGCCUGCACGAAGUCCGUCACCAAAGUCUGGUAGAGGCAGUUCACCACACCAUAGAGAUAGAACAAGAAAAAGAUCCAGAUCAAAAGACAGAUCAGAUAAAGAUAGAAAAAGUGAUAAAAGAUAUAAAGAUGAGGACAGAAAGCAUCGCAGUCAUAAAAGUAGUAAAGAUCAUCGUGAUAAAGAUCGUGGUGAUGACAGGCACAAGGACAGACAUCGUGACCGUCACAGGGAUCAUGGGUCACGUGAUUCACGUCACACAUCAUCAAAGGAAGAUUUAGAAAUACAAGAGGCCAAUGAACUUAGAGCCAAGCUUGGAAUGGCCCCACUAAGACCAUAAUGUAAUCUUUAGUAGAAAAAGACAUCUACAUAUACGCAUAUGAAUUGUCAUCAGAACUUUCCUGUGUUUAGCAGAAUCAAGAUUUAUUUAAAGAUCAUUUAA